AUGUCAUCGGGUCGUGGCAGGGGCUACAGCGGCAGACACCACCUGAGAGAGGCUCGCCCCGGAGACACGGAGGACGAGAUCAAUGCUAGGACACUAGCGGAGCUCAGCCCACGAGCUACAGUGAACAUUUUUUCAGACACAGAAGUCAUGGAGGAAAAAGAUGAUGACAAUGAAGACUCUAUAGCGGAGCUGCUGCAUGUGGACGAACAGUUCGCGCCGUUGCUUAUAUUGUUGGAACAAUUCUCUCCCGGUGAAGACGGCAUACAAUUCAACCGGAAGUUACGUCACUUUGAGACCACAGUGACCAGCAUGUGUCCGGACGAGGCCAGGCUACAGCAGGCGUUCGCAUCAUUCCGUGCAGCGGCUCUGUGUAGCGCGGGCACGUGCCGCCGGCUGGCGGCUGUAGGAGCGUCCUUCACGAGGCAGCAGAGACAACAGUUACUGAGAACUACGCUACUCAACGUUAUUAUGCAGGGGACAUUCACUAAGCUGGAAGCAUUGAAGAGAUCAAAUCCCAUUUACUUAAUAAACGCAGCUAAUCUCAUGGGAGAUUAUUUUGCAGAGGCUCGCCUUUGUAACGGUAACAAAGUCCACAUAUUGGCUAGUCCCUUACUACAAUACAUGCGCGCUCUACUAGCCAGUGACGAUCUAAGAGCGCAUAGAAGUCUCGCUACACAGCUGAUGCAAAACGGUCGUGAGCUUCUAUCAGUGUUAUCUCAAGAGCUAGAUGAACUCUCUAUAUCAAUCAGACUUCGUCUCCUCUCGCCUCCACCGGUCAGCAUAAUUUGGCUGCUACUAUCAGCUGAUCUUUGCCUCAACAAAUUUCUGCCGCUGCCGAACACUCUGCAGCAAUUCUACGCUGCCCAUUUAGACCUAACAACGGAUGAGAACUUCAGCGAAGUCAGCUACGGCUCGUGGAAGAAGAAUAAAGAAGAAUACAGGUCGGAAACGGAAACUGAUAAAGUCGGUCAGAACAUGUCACAAAUAAACAUCAAUCAAGAUGAAGAUACCAAGCCCAAACUACGCCCCAUUCUAGGAGCGGGUGCUGGGUUGUUACGUCAAGAACAACUGACACAGGACAGCUUUGAAACUUGGACUAAGAGUAAUCUGACGAAGAGAUACGAUCUGAAUUCAUGGAGACAGACGGAUGAACAGAAAGAGGAAACGGAAACGGUAUUCAAUCCGACAGUAAUGCCACCAAACAUGCAGAACUACGUAGUACCCGACUACCCGCCGCCGAAUUUCAACUACCAAGAGAACUACGCGAACUAUUUGCAACAAGGUGACGGCGCGUACAUACAAAACUUCAACAACACACAAAGUUUCUCCGCCCAAGAAUACGUGCCACAAUACAACGAGCGGCCUGACAGGGAACGAAUCAACAAUGAGGUCCAAAAAACAUCCAACAGACGACCCAUAGAGAAUUGGAGGAAGGAGAAACCGGAUAAGGAUGACGCCAAAAACAAAAACUGGACCCGACAGAUAUCCAAAGACAAUAUAAACGAUGACAGCGACUGUGAAAGACUACGCUCAGUAUCUAGAAGUUCAAGAGAUUCAAGAAAGGGGCGGGACGGAGACAAGACCCCGCCCCGGAAACACGUCACAGAUGUACCCAAGAACCACAAAUAUUGGGAUCACGACGACCGCUGUGACAAGGACUACAACAGUUAA